GCACCACUGAUGUAACUUCCAUUUCCUGCCUGGCGAGGGUCAUACACAUGAGUAGUUUGUGUAGAGUCCACUUUACGGAGCCGAACCUUUACUAAGGCCACCGAAGUUCCUUUCAAUGAUGUUGCGAACGCUGUCUCGGACCAGUGGCGCCCUUCUGCGGCAAACCCAGCGGGCGACCCCGAGGUUAUGGGUCCUGCCGGCCCAGCAGAGAUGGGCGUCCAGCCUGCCUGUGAACACCGUGGUCCUGUUUGUGCCUCAGCAAGAAGCCUGGGUGGUGGAAAGAAUGGGUCGCUUCCACCGGAUCUUAGAGCCGGGUUUAAACUUCCUCAUACCUAUACUUGACCGAAUUCGCUACGUGCAAAGUCUCAAAGAGAUAGUCAUCGAUGUCCCGGAGCAGUCUGCCGUAUCUCUAGAUAAUGUCACGCUACAGAUAGACGGAGUUCUUUACUUGAGGAUCCUCGACCCUUUCAAGGCUAGUUACGGCGUGGAGGAUCCAGAGUAUGCCGUCACGCAGUUGGCGCAGACCACCAUGCGGUCGGAGCUGGGCAAACUCACACUGGACAAAGUGUUCCGGGAAAGGGAGUGCCUCAAUUCCAACAUCGUCCAUUCCAUCAACCAAGCGUCGGACGAGUGGGGAAUCCGCUGCCUCCGUUAUGAGAUCAAGGACAUCCAUGUUCCGCCUCGUGUCAAAGAGUCCAUGCAGAUGCAGGUGGAGGCCGAGCGGAAGAAGAGAGCCACGGUGCUAGAGUCCGAAGGUACGAGGGAGGCGGCCAUCAAUGUCGCCGAGGGUCGCAAACAAGCCCAGAUCCUGGCCUCGGAGGGCCAGAAAGCGGAGCAGAUCAACAAGGCGUCCGGUGAGGCCCAGGCCAUCCUGGCCAAAGCGGAGGCCAAAGCCAAGGCUAUCGGCAUGCUGUCGGAUGCUCUGACCGAGCAGAAUGGAGGAGCAGCAGCCUCGCUGAGCGUGGCCGAGCAGUACGUAUCCGCCUUCUCCAACCUCGCCAAAGAGUCCAACACCAUCCUGCUGCCGUCGAGCGCCGGGGACAUCAGCGGAAUGGUCACACAGGCCAUGACCAUUUACGGCACGUUGGCCAAGUCAAGCCCGAAAGCAGCAGUGGCGGUGUUGGAGGAGAAGAGCGACAACUUUCGGUGCCCAUCGUCUCCGUAGCAGAGGACUCGGUUAAUGACUCCACACAGUAGGAAGACACUGAAGCAGCAGCAGAAGAAGCAAUCUACAGCUUCAAGACGUCGCUGUGUGUGAGAGAUUGUGGUAAAGUCCCACAUACCUUCUACAGACAGGACAGAAGGAGAACAAACUGCCAACUUCAAAAACUUUUGGGAGUGUUGGGAAAAACAAUAUCUUUUGAAAACGGAGUUUUAAUUGUCAUUGACUGUUCAUGCUCAGUUUUCAUCCAUAUACUCACACCCCAAUGACACUGGCAGGCUGACUGAAAAUGGAGAAAUGAAAUGCUAGAAAAUAUGAUUUAUUAUAACACAUUACUUGCGUGGGAAUUGCAUCGUGCAUGCAAUCUGUAAAGGUAUUGUUGAGCAGACCCUGGUUGAAUUGGACCUAAAGGAUUAAACUUUAAAGGAGCAGUGUGCAGGUUUUUAGUGGCAUCCAGUGAUCAAGCUGAAAAAAAAAACCUUACUGAAACCCCCCCAGGGACAAUUCUUCCGUUUCAGUUGCCACGUUUGAUGUCUGGAUGCUUCUUGAUGAUGGCGGCGAGGGACCCAAAGUUUAGUUCAUUCACAAUCUGGUUUAUGUUCGAUUGGAAAUCUCCCUGAUAAUGUAGUUUUAAGAAAGGUUAUUUUCUAAUAUUAUUCAACCUUUUUUUUCUAGAUAACUUUCUGGUGUGGAAGGGGGUUGUAGGGGAAAAAUGUUCCUUUACUCCUCACAUUUGUUUUCAACUCCUGUGUCUUAUGCAAAAAUAUUUAUUAAAUGUCAUGACUGUACAAAGACAGCAAGAUUUUCAGCAGUGCUCACAGGUUGACAAACAUAAAUUGGCUGGUGUAUGCACUUUGGGGUUAUCAUGAAGCUAAGAGUGUUUGGCUAUUUUUCUGACGCAGUGGAAUAGGAUGCUGUGAAAUGCUGAAAAUGAUGUUGGAGGAAGUAGUGUAGAACAAUUAAUCAGAAACAGCUGGACAUUCUCAAAUAAAAACCUACUUUUGUCGAAGAAAGACCAAUGGAUGUUAAAGUUAA